CUUUGCGGAGAAAGUCUCGGGCUCAUGAUGGCGGGACAUAAUGCAGGCUUGAUGCCAAGAAAACCAUCCAGACGACCAGCAACAGCAUCUGCUCGGGUGGAUGAACGCGGUUCAUCAUCUAAUGGAUUCAAAUCGAUUCGAUCUUCACUCAAUGGCGGUCAUAUGGCAAGUACCUCGAUCGGAAAUGCACAGCUUUGUCAACAUAUGCAUCAAAUGGGUAUCCCCUUCACAUCUUCAUCAACGUCACAGCGGAAAGAGGACGAAGAGUCUCAAUCUGGAACUUCUUCCAUUCUUCCUGUCAAGGUCAAACAAGAUAGCUUUGGUUCUCAUCGAAGAUCAGUGUCGUUUCUUGAAUUGGUGGACCGCAACUCGCGUGGACCGAGUAAUUCACCUGAUUCUACUCUAGAAGAUAUACGAAGGCUGGUACCUGAUGUACCUCAAGAUGAGCCAGAAACAUCGGUCACCGAAUUAGCCCCGAGAACUUCCAUUGUUGAACCUGAAGUGCAGCAAAGAAAGGCAGACGUUGAUCCUAAUACACAUUCGGUCCUCUCACAGGCAUUGGGUCGAAUUGCUGAGUUGGAAUCAUCCUUGGAGUAUUACGAGCGAGCUUGUGUUGAUGCAACAUUCGAUUCUGAUUUCUGGCAAAAGGAGUACAAUCGUCUUUAUGAUAUCAUGCGAAUAGCUGAACAGAAACAAGAGCAAAUGAUGGUAUACAUCCGCAGACUUGAAGGAAGAGUAAAGAAGGAAGAGAAAGAAAGCGAAAAGGAAGAUACAGGAAAAGCACGCAAGAAAGCAGAUCGAUCAAGUGCAGCCACGAUUCCCAUCCCUGCAGUGCAGCCUGUCAAAGGUGAUGUGAAUUCGCACAGUAUGUUAGAGAUUGCAUCAUCUUCCGCAUCCGUUACAACGACUGAAGAUCACAGUCCACUUGCAAGUCACUUACCCGUAAUGAAAGGGCUGAAAAGGGUGACCUCCAGCAGUACGAUGAAGUCAAAGGAGAUGUUUGCUCUUGAUCAGACUAUGACCGCAUCAUCCACUUCCACCACGACACAAAGAAAGCAGAUUAAUCCGAUCUGCAAUCCCCUCAUCGCUCCAAUCAUGCAAGACCAACUAAAAUUACGAGAGCUGGGCAGCAAUUGGGAUCAAGAGAAGCGAAACGUCAUUUCGAAAUGGGUAAAGACGGCUCAAGUGAGUAAUGAAGAAAAACAGAAGAGCAAGAGAAUUACAACGAUCGAACGUUCGUUGAAAGAAGCAUCGAAUAUUCAGAACGCAAAUGAGCUUUUCUACAAGGGAUGGACGAUAGAUUCAUCACCUCAAGAGGAAGAAGAAGAAGAAAAUAAAGCAACGAUCCAAACUCCAUCACGGGAAGAAGAUGUUCGAGGUCGUCAUCCAUUUUCGAUAAUCACUAAUUCUGCAUUGAAGGCAAGAUGGGCAGAUGCAGGAACAAACUUGGGCUUAGAUCAGGAACAAAACGAAACACAGGCAUAUGCAGGCCUUCAAGCUCAUUCACGGUGGAGGGUAUGGAAGGCGAAUAUGGGCAAAUAGG